CAAAAGAAGAAAAGUGAUGACAUCUAACUCUAUUGUUCCUGUCUUUACAGGACCAUUUCCUGCAGAAAUUAAAGAAGACAUUAGACGCUUAAAGAACUUUGUGAAUUUCAUUGCAUUUAAUGCUGAUGUGAAGAAUAGAUACUCACCACAAAAACUUCAAGAACAUAUUUCAUACAUUGAGGCUAAGGUACAAACUUUAUGUACAAAAGUUGGUGAAUAUGACUCAUGGAUGAGCACAUCUAAGAUUUUGAGACAAGGAAGUAGCUAUAAGGGAACUAAGAUCUUAAAGCCUGAUGAGCUGGACUACAUGCCAAUCCUGGCAAUAUUUACUAGAGAGACUGUUGUAGUGGAGGAUGUGAAAGAGAAUUGUGAGUUGAAAGACAAGGGGUGUGUUUACAUCAAAGUGAACAAUUCAACCAUAAAAGACAAUCUAGAUGAGUUAUGUCAUCAUACUCCAAGUGGAUCAUACCUUAAAGGUGGAACAAUAUAUCUAGCUAAACUGAGAGAAGCUGUGAAAUGGGCCCUCGGUGAAAUAGACUCAUUGACAUACACAGGUGAGCAUAAACAUAAGGAUGAAGACCAGGAUGAGCCUUACCCAUUAGGAAAUAUCAGUGUAUGUGAGAAAAUACAUGGUCCUAGUAUAACACUUAAGAUGGGUGCCCCUCUGUGCACUGCUAAGGUGGACCUGUGUUUCUCUAUAGAAGGUAGAGACACCAACCUCGGACAAUGUGCUAUGGUAUCCGCCAAUGCAUUUGUUGAAAGUUCCUGCCAGUGUGGCCUUUCCUCCAGCAGACACUGGGAUGAAUCUCCUAUCAAUCCUCCUAACAAGUAUGAAUUGUCAGAAUCACAUAGAGAACUUUUCCUCACUUUUAAGCUUAUCAGUCACAUUCUCAAUGAUACAUGUCAACAUCUAGGAAUAGACACAACAUUUUCUGUAGUUCAUGCAUCCUCCAGUUAUAACAUCCAGUCACUGGUAUGGCAACAUCAACAAACAUGCCAAGCAACCAAUGUGGGGGAAUGUUACAGAAAUAUUGUUCAGAUGCUCAACUGUGGAGAACUUGAUAAACCAGAUGAGUUAUAUGUUAAAGUACAUGAUUCUCCACAAGGAUAUCUUGAAGACAUGUUCUUCCCAGAAGUUGAAAGGGAGAUUAGCCCCAUAAGUAUUGUUGGAUUUAUGUGGUUCUUACAGCAGGUGUGUCAUACAGAAUCUACAGAGUGGUGGAAAACACUUUUCAUUGAGGAUGACACAAGGUACAAUGACAAUGAUCAUCUGUCUGGUUUAUGUGAAGCAUCAAACCAUUUAAAUGAAUUAACAGCAUGUUUCUCAUAUCCACCGCCACCACCCAUUACAUUGAUUCAGAAAUGGAAUAAUGAAAGAAACAAUCAAAUAGCAUCAUUAACUAUCUCUCGCAGGUAGUUAACUGUUCAUUGAACAUCUAAUCAAAUGCGAUUACUUAGAGGACAAGCACCAAUAAUUCUACCUUGUUUAUUGACAAAAGCUACUUCAUCAUCUACUAUAUGCUGUUACAGCAAACAUUGGAUAAUUCGAAUUAUCAUAUCAUUGCUAGAAAUCGUGUGAUUUGAUUGGCUGAUUCAGUACCAUGUGAUCAAAAAACCAUAGUAUAUUUCACAGCUCCCUCAAUUUUGGGAUUACAAAAGACGUAUUGCCAGGCAUAUUGCCCGCCCGGGGAAUUUUGACAAGAACAAAUAUUUCAUUCUAUGUUCGGGCAAUACCUGUUGCACUUUCAAUGAUUUUUG